UUCUCUACUCUUUUAGCUCAGCCUUCUUUGUCUACCUUCCAUUUUAUUUUCUUGGAAAUACUUGUCAAAAUGAGAUUUACAAUAGAAAAACAUAUUGUUUUUCUUGGUCUUGUCGUUCUCUUUCCAUUAAUUUGUACCUCUCAGAGCACCUUUAAAAGCUCCAGAGCAACCUAUUAUGAUAGCCCUGAUGACUAUGGAAAUCCACGUGGUGCCUGUGGGUUUGGAGAAUAUGGAAGGACUGUCAAUUAUGGCAAUGUUGCAGGAGUUUCUAGGCUCUACAGGAAUGGAACUGGCUGUGGUGCAUGUUAUCAGGUUACGUGCACAAAUCCUCGAUAUUGCAGUUAUGAUGGGGUGAACAUUGUGGUGACUGACUAUGGUCAAGGAGACAGAACAGAUUUCAUUCUCAGCUCAAGAGCCUACACAAAGUUGGCAAAGCCAAACAUGGCCUUGGAGUUGUUUGCUUUGGGUGUUGUUGAUGUCGAAUACAGAAGGAUCUCUUGCAAGUUCUCUGGUUACAAUCUCAUGUUCAAGGUCAAUGAGAAUAGUAGAUAUCCACAAUACUUGGCCAUAAUCAUUCUAUACGCAGAAGGACAAAAUGACAUCACAGCGGUGGAGUUGUCGCAGGAGAAUGACGAUGAAUGGAAGCCUAUGAGAAAAGCCUUUGGAGCAGUAUUUGACUUCUCUAACCCACCAGAAGGUUCUAUAAGCUUGAGGUUCCAAGUGAAAGGAAGUGCUGGCAAUACCUGGGUCCAAUCCAACAAUGCCAUCCCUAGUUAUUGGAAACCUGGCGCUGCCUAUGAUUCAAACAUUCAGCUUACUUAGAUGGAGUUUAGUGUGCGUGUGCGUGUGCGUGUGUGUAUAUAUAUAUAUAUAUGUUGGAAUAAUAAACCAAAUUUAAUAUUUGGUUUCUCUAGAGUAUAUAAUAAAUAUUUAUGGGAAAUGUAAGAACAUAUUUAAUAUGGUUCAUGAACUUUGAAAAAUGUGAAAUCUUAUAUAUCUCUGUUUUUUGUCUAUUGAAGAACAUAUUUAAUAUGGUUCAUGAACUAUGAAAAAUGUGAAAGCUCAUAUAUCUCUGUUUGUUGUCUAUUGAA